AUGGCUAUCAUCAGAAUCCCCAGCAUUUCUGAGCUGGAUUUCAAACCACCGGCCACACCUUUCAGCACCCUAGGCAACGGUAAAUUACCUAGUCCUCCGAAUUUGGCAUUGAGCCUCACACCUCCUUCAACUCCCCAAACGACAAUGUCCAGGAUGGAUAUAAUCCAGAAAGUUCGUCCAUCACUGUCCCUGGACCAUAUCACGGCCCAGACGCGUGCACCGUCAGAUCAACAAAUUCCGUCAAUCCGGUCUCUCAUGGCCAGUGUGCCAGCUCCCAGCUCUCGAUACCCCGGGGGCCCUUUCACAGCUCCACCCUCUCCAUCGGGCUCAUUUUUCUCGGUGGUUUCCUGGAAUGGGUCUACCUCUCGCUCAAGCUUAGUAGAGAGAUCCUGGAUGUCUGGCCAGUACUCUCCACCGCUCUCACGCCGCGGCUCAUCAGAUGGCGAGUCGACAACCAUGACUCCCAGUUCCGGGCAGUCAACCCCCGAGUUUCCCAUCAGGUCGGGGCGCAGAAACAGCUCCAGAAUCGAGCCAUACUCUACAAAACGUGUAAGAGGCACUGACGCAGUCGAGUCCUCGUCUGCUACUGCAGGCGAGGCCAAAAAGGGGAAGCGCAGCAACCAGAAGUACACGACUGAACAACAAGACUUUAUUAUCUAUCACAGAGAAGAUCUCACGAAGGCGUGGAAGGACAUCGAACGUGCCUACAUCCACCAGUGGCCAGCUGCGGACCCGCAGGAUAAUCGCAAAAUCACUGGGGUCCAAUGCAUUUUUAUCAAUCUCCUGGUUCCGCUCAUGAACAACACCGAUGAGAAGCUACUCGUCUUGGACUCGCCACCAUUCUUGACAACCAACCCCGCAGGGGCGGACCCCAAGAACAGUGACUUGGUCCUCAAUGAGGAUUACGCCGAGUACGUAGUGUACAAGGGCGUUCCUCACCGACUCGAAGAAAGCAAAGUGCGGACGUAUGGCCGUCCGAGACUCCUCCUUGAGAGAUCGCCGGAGGAGUUGGUUGAACACCGGUACGACUGGCUUCCAAAAAAUUACCUUGACGCCGCUCAGGAACUUGCCUCGAAAAGAGACGAACAAAGAUGGCGGUGGCUCCAACAAUAUGGCCCUCGCCCAGACGCGUGGAUCGACAGCUGUGAACCCAUCGAGAAUCGAUUCAAGGUUGCCGAAGGCAGUCAUCUGUACAAGAUGCUGCCAAAAUCCCCAGCUGUUCAGCCAACAUUAGAGUACGCAUGUCGCCCCGUCAGAGUUGCUGAAGGGGUCAACCUUUACAAGAUGGCGCGUGAAGUGGUCCAGCCAGCGCUGGACCGCCAAUAUCAUCCCGGGGCCCAUUGCCAACUCAUCUAUCAGUCACAUAUUUGAACUGAUGUUGCUUCAUUUCAGCACAACAAGCGACAUCCGGUAUGCACCUCUUAACUCUUGUAAUAGUUUCUCUGUUUUCCUGUAUCAAGUCGAGUGGCGGGAGGCGUAUGUAUUCAAUUGUUUCCCCUUGUCAUCAACAUUGGGACGUUUUUUUCUGCUUCGAAAAAAAAAGGCAGGUCGUUGUCUGAAAAUAGGAGGGAGACUCCCAGGGCGUCAAGCGAAGCAUGUUUACGAGUAUGGUGUUUACGCUUUUUUUGUUUCUGGGACGCAGCAUCUUCUGGUCUGGUUUAGAAAUGGGCAACAGGGCGGCACAAAAUAGCAUGGAGUUUUUUGGGGGGGUUUGGCGGGCGGUUUUUACCAGUCAGUUUUGCAUUUUGCUUAUUUUUGUUGGGAUGUAUUUAUGAACUGGGUGGAAAACAACAACAAGAAGAACAACAGCAACAAGUGGGCAAAUAAUGUUUUGGAUGGCGGGUUGGUUUUUUUGGGUUUUCGGGGACUAAUUUGGGAUGUUUUUGUUGUUUGGGAUUGAACAUACCUACCUACGACCUGAAGCUGGAUGCAGUCAAAGGGUUCUAGCUGGCCAUGGAUGAUGGCCUGUUUUUGCACAAAGAUAUACACAGAAGAAAUGAGUACAUGUGAGGUAGAUAGUAAUGAAAGAGGUAGAACCCCAGUUUUCUGAUAAU